GCGCAGGCGUGCUGAGGACGCCCCGCCCCUGGCGCGGGUUCCGUCCAAUCCCAGAGGAGGCGCUCAGCCGGUGACCUGAGAGGACAUGGCUGGGCGGCCGGGAUCGUCGAAUGCUGAAGCGGCGGGAGCAGUGGGCCCGACUGACGAGGCCAGAGGGCAGGCCAAGUCUUCACAGAAAAUUGAAGACUUGAUGGAAAUGGUGAAGAAGUUGCAGAAAGUGGGAAGCCUAGAACCCAGGGUUGAGGUCCUGAUUAACCGGAUUAAUGAGGUGCAGCAAGCAAAAAAGAAAGCUAGUGAGGAGCUGGGAGACGCCCGGACUGUCUGGGAGACCCUGCAGAAAGAACUGGACUCAUUGAGUGGAGAGAAAGUACGCCUGAAAGAGAUCUUGAGCAAAAAACAAGAGACCCUGAGGAUCCUCCGGCUCCACUGCCAGGAUAAGGAGAAUGAGGCACAGAGGAAGCAAACCAUGCUGCAGGAGUGCAAAGAGCGGAUUUCUGCCCUGAACUCCCAGAUUGAGCAAGAAAAGAACAAACAGAGGCAGCUGAGGUUGGAUUUCGAGGAGCAACUGGAGGACCUGAUGAGCCAGUAUAAGGACCUGUGGGAAUUCCACAAACCAGAGCGGCUGGCCCUGGAGAUCAGCACCCUGGACAGCAGCAAGGAGCAGUUGCUUAAGGAAGAGAAGCUGGUGGAGGCAAAGCUGGAGGAUGUGAAGCAUCGUCUGUGCUCGCAGUUUGGAGCCAAGGGCCACACAAUCAGUGAAGGGCUCUUCCUGCGCAGCCCGGAGGCAGCAGCUGUGGUUCAUUUGUUUGAGGAGGAGAAUAGGAAAGCCCAGGAGCUGCUGGAGGCUGCUGCCCAGCGCCAGGAGCAGCUGCAACAGAAGUGUCAGCAGCUGCAGCAGAAGAGGCAGAGGCUGAAGGAGGAGCUGGAAAAACUUGGGGUACAGGUCCCUGCCCAAGCCCAGAGCAAGCAAGAGGAGGAGGCUGGCCUAGGAGAAGCUGCCAAUCCCAAGCCCCUUGGAGUCAGUGAGGAUAAAGACCCAGAGCCAUCCACCAAGGAGCACAUGAUGCCCCGAAGCAAGGAGAACCCACCCUGCACUGGAGCUUAUGACUUGGACUUCAGUAAAUAAAGGCACUACUUCAAUA